AAAUUUUUCUAACCUUCUGCUCAUCACCAUCCCCAAUCCAUUAGUGCGUAGGUCCUACCAAGAGGGACAUUGCCCUGAUGACAGCAUUACAACCAUCCAGUGAAGACCCACCACCUGACCAAAGACCCUGCCUGAGUCCUCCAGUUGUCCCAACAGCAACAGUGCAGGACCCCAAGGGACACUGAGCUGCCAGCUCUCUAGUUCCCUUCUCUCUGGGACAGAUCCUCAGUCCCUGCCCUCCAGGAAGGGUGGGGCAGCAGGCUGGCCUUGACGUGUGGUAACGUGAUGGAACUGAGUCCAGCUGGGACUGUACCUUGUGGUGACCUGGAUUCCUCUGGAGGGUCCCAGCAGCCCGCACACAGCCAUGCACUGCCCCGCUGUGUUCCUGCUCCUCCUCCUGGCCGGUGGGGCGGAGGCCUUUCGCAUCUGUGCCUUCAACGCCCAGCGGCUGACGCUUGCCAAGGUGGCCAGGGAACAUGUGAUGGACACCUUAGUUCGGAUCCUGGCUCGCUGUGACAUCAUGGUGCUGCAGGAGGUGGUGGACUCUUCUGGCAGUGCCAUCCCCUUGCUGCUUCGAGAACUCAAGCGAUUUGAUGGCUCCGGGCCCUAUGACUUCCUGAGCAGCCCCCCGCUGGGGCGCAGCACAUACAAAGAGCAGUACGUGUACAUCUACCGGUCCCACAAGACACGGGCCCUGGAUCACUACCUGUAUAAUGAUGAGGAUGACCUCUUUGCCCGGGAGCCUUUUGUAGCCCAGUUCACUUUGCCUAGCAAGGUCCUUCCCAGCCUGGUGCUGGUCCCGCUGCACACCACUCCGAAGGAUGUAGAGAAGGAGUUGAACGCCCUCUACGACGUAUUUCUGGAUGUCUCCCAGCGCUGGCAGAGCAAGGAUGUGAUCCUGCUUGGGGACUUCAAUGCUGACUGCGCUUCGCUGAACAAAAAGCACCUGGGGGAGCUGGUGCUGCGGACUCAGGCAGGCUUCCACUGGGCGAUUGCUGAUGGAGAGGACACCACGGUGCGGGCCAGCACCCACUGCACCUAUGACCGCAUCGUGCUGCACGGGGAGCGCUGCCAGAGCCUGCUGCAUGCCGCGGCCACCUUUGACUUCCCCAGGAGGUUCCAGCUCACCGAGGAGGAAGUAAAGGGGUGGGGAAGGAAUGGGGUCAGCGGGAAGUCCUUCAGCCCUGACACUAACACUUUGUCCCACCGCCCAUCCCCAGGCUCUCAACAUCAGCGACCACUACCCUGUGGAGGUGGAGCUGAGCCAGGCGGUGUGCAGGGUUCAGCCCCUUGGCCUGGCCGUUCUGUUGCUGCCAUCAUUGCUGCUGCCACUCCUGCCCCUUCAGCUGGACCUAGUGGCCUGAAACUGCCCAAUGCCUGCUGCCCACAGAUGUGAUGACUACACUGCCUUCAGGACUCAAACCCCGGCCUCCCUGUCCAUCCUGUGCUGGGGCCCAAGUGACUCCUGAGGGCCUCAACUGCAGCCCUGUCCCGUCAGACUGCAGCCCGGCCCAGCCCUCCUCCAUUGGACUGCAGCCCGGCCCAGCCCUCCUCCAUUGGACUGCAGCCCGGCCCAGCCCUCCUCCAUUGGACUGCAGCCCGGCCCAGCCCUCCUCCAUUGGACUGCAGCCCGGCCCAGCCCUCCUCCAUUGGACUGCAGCCCGGCCCAGCCCUCCUCCAUCUGCCCUUUCUUUGGUUUGGCUUAUGUUCUUUGGUUGGGCCUGUGCCUGGCAUGAGAAUGUGGAAGACGAGGAAGGCAGGGGCCCUGAGGCUGGAGCCAUGCUCCUCUUCCCCCAGGUAGUUAUCAGGAGUGGAGAUAAAGGAGGCUCCAGGGCUUGGGGAGGGGAAGAGAGGGCUUAGGAGGUGAUCUCGGCUAAACUCCUGAUUCUUGCAGGACUCAGAAAAGGGAAUCCCAACAGAUCAAAAAGAUUUUAUUACAUGACAAAAAGUAAAUUUACACAUACACUGAGAACAAAAAACUAGAUUGGUGGGGAUAUUACAUAUGUGUAGCAGAUAUGUCAGAGGGCCAUCUUUAUUGUACAUAUGAAUCAAGAAAAUAUUAAGACCACAGUAGAUACAAGGAUGGAGAGAAGCAGAUUACACACGCACAUGCGCAGAGUAACUAAGGAACGAAAUGUUUCUCAUUGCAAUCCAGUGAAUGAAAAUAGUUGCAAACAGUCCCGAUGCCUGCAGUCAAGCCCAUGUUCAUAACCACUGUGUGGCCUGGCCCCGCCACUUAGGGUGCUGUCAGUCCGCAUUGGCACAUGCUUGGGGUAGGAGGGAGCCUGGAGGAGGCUGGUUACCAAGGGUACAGGUGCACGCAGAAGAGAUCUAUAACUAAAGCAUCUACCAGAGCACACUCUUAGGGAGACGGACUCCAGGGUGGGGGAGUCGGCCAAACAUUCACAACCAGCCCACAUGGGGUUGUUGCUGUCACGGGACCCUCCCUUCCCCAGCUCCAUUUUCCAGAGAACAGAGCUCAGUAAAAACAUAGCAGGACAUCAGGGCUGCUUAAGCACAAAUUAUCAUAUUUAUGGCUUAAAACCAUCAUUUUUGAGGUAAGAAAUAAAUCUUAAACUUUA